UUUACAGCUCGGCUGGAUGCUGUUGGCUGCUGAUGUUCUUGGGAAAGUGCAAUGUUGUGCCAGCCGCCGUUGGAAUAAAUACAACAGUGGGAACAAAGGUGAUUUUGCUCAUCAUCUCCCACCACUCUCGCCUCCCGUCUUCCAUUCAUGAGCAGCGUGGCUGAGUUUAACAGCGGCAGCCAUGGAUGACAAGGGCUCGGUGGGGAAGAUUAGCGUGUCUUCGGACUCAGUGUCCACUCUCAACAGUGAGGACUUUGUCCUUGUGUCCCGGCUGGGGGACGAGACACCCUCCUCCACUAAUAAUGGUAGUGAUGACGAAAAGACAGGACUGAAGGUGAUUUCUGAGGAAGGGGUCAGCUUUAAGAUUGUGGGGAAUGGAAGUGAGCAGCAGCUCCAGAGGGAGUUAGAAGAUGUCCUUAUGGACCCAUCGGUAGCUGACACUGGGCUCAGAUCAGACGCAGGAAUGGACAGCAUUGGCGGGGGCGACCAUUGCCCUCUUCCCACUACAGCGUCGCCUGUACCGCCAGGCUCUGACCCUCUGAGCGCACCACCACCCAAGCUGGAGAUGGUCCUUCCUGUUCAGACAGCUCAGGAGAGUGAGCUGAAUGAAAGGUCUUACCGAGCAGAUGAAUCAUCAUCAGAGGGCAGUCCUGGCAGUCCCAUCCCAGAUGAGGACAGCGUUGUGUUCAGCCAGCUGACAUAUCUUGGGUGUGCCUCAGUCAAUGCCCCCCGCAGUGAGGUGGAGGCCCUCCGUAUGAUGAGUAUCCUCAGAGGGCAGUGCCAAGUCCCUCUGGAUGUCACACUGUCUGUGCCAGGCGUGUCUGAAGGCACUGUCAGGUUGCUGGACCCCAAUGCCAGUACAGAGAUCGCCAACUACCCUAUCUACAAGAUUCUGUUCUGUGUGCGAGGCCAUGACGGCACACCAGAGAGCGACUGCUUUGCCUUCACUGAGAGCCACUUCAAUGCUGAGAUCUUCAGGAUCCACGUGUUCCGCUGCCAAAUCCAAGAGGCGGUGAGUAGAAUACUGUACAGCUUUGCCACGGCGUUUCGGCGGUCAGCUAAGAAGGCAGUCCUGUCAUCUCAGCAGCCUGCUCCGCUCACCCCUGACAGUGACUUGUUUACCUUCACUGUCAGCCUGGAAAUCAAGGAGGAUGAUGGCAAGGGUACCUUCAGUGCUGUAGCAAAAGACAAAGACAAGCAGAGUUUCAAGCUUCGUGCGGGAAUGGACAAGAAAAUUGUCAUCUAUGUCCAGCAGACGUCCAAUAAGGAACUGGCUAUUGAGAGGUGUUUCGGUCUCCUGCUCAGCCCGGGGAAAAAUGUGAAGAACAGCGACAUGCACCUGCUAGAUCUGGAGUCAAUGGGAAAGAGCUCAGACGGGAAGUCUUACAUCAUCACAGGAAGUUGGAACCCCAACACGCCUCAGUUCCAGGCUGUGAAUGAGGAAACGCCCAAAGAUAAAUUUAUGUACAUGACGACAGCAGUAGACCUGGUGAUCACAGAGGUGGAGGAGCCGGUCCGUUUUCUGCUGGAGACAAGGGUCAGAGUCUGCUCCCCAAAUGACAGGCUGUUCUGGCCCUUUAGCAAGCGAAACUACACUGAGACCUUCUACCUGAAACUACGACAGAUGGAACGUAAGGAACGUAAGAGUCCCGCCUCUGACACACUAUAUGAGGUGGUGAGUUUGGAAAGUGAGACAGAGAGAGAGAAACGAAAGACCACAGCCAGUCCCGGCAUCUUGCCCACCGGGGCUAGUACCACUGUUCCUUCACCACCUGAGGAUGAUGAAGAGGAAGAUAAUGAUGAGCCGUUACUCAGCGGGUCAGGUGACGUUUCCAAGGAGUGUGCAGAGAAGAUCCUGGAGACCUGGGGGGACUUGUUAUCCAAGUGGCAUAUGAACUUAUCAGUGCGUCCCAGGCAGCUUCCCGCUUUGGUGCGGAGCGGCAUUCCUGAGGCUCUCCGUGGGGAGGUGUGGCAGCUCCUGGCAGGCUGUCAUAACAAUGACCACCAGGUAGAGGAGUACCGCACUCUUAUUACAAAGGAGUCCCCUCAGGACAGUGCCAUCACCAGGGACAUUAACAGGACAUUCCCAGCUCACGACUACUUCAAAGACACUGGAGGAGAUGGACAAGACUCCCUCUACAAGAUCUGCAAGGCUUACUCUGUUUACGAUGAGGAGAUUGGGUACUGCCAGGGACAAUCCUUCUUGGCUGCUGUGCUGCUGCUGCAUAUGCCAGAGGAGCAAGCUUUCAGUGUGCUGGUCAAGAUCAUGUUUGAUUACGGGCUCAGGGACCUUUUCAAGCAGAAUUUUGAAGAUCUGCAUUGCAAGUUUUUCCAGCUUGAGAGACUCAUGCAGGAAUAUAUACCAGACCUAUACAACCAUUUCCUGAAUGUGGGUCUGGAGGCUCACAUGUACGCCUCCCAAUGGUUCCUCACCCUCUUCACAGCCAAAUUUCCUCUUUACAUGGUCUUCCAUAUCAUCGACCUGCUACUUUGUGAGGGAAUCAGUGUGAUCUUCAACGUGGCUUUGGCACUCCUGAAGACAUCAAAAGACGAUCUUAUCCAAACAGACUUUGAGGGUGCACUCAAAUUCUUUCGUGUCCCAGUUCCGAAGAGGUAUCGCUCUGAGGAAAACGCAAAGAAACUGAUGGAGCUGGCCUGCAGCAUGAAGAUCAGCCAGAAGAAGCUGAAGAAAUUUGAGAAGGAGUAUCACACCAUGAGGGAGCAGCAGGAGCAACAGGAGGCUCCCAUCGAGAGAUAUGAGCGGGAGAACCGUCGCUUGCAGGAGGCGAACAUGCGUUUGGAGCAGGAGAAUGACGACUUGGCGCAUGAACUAGUCAGCAGCAAGAUAGCCCUGCGCAAAGACCUCGACAACGCUGAAGAGAAGGCAGAUGCCCUGAAUAAAGAGUUGCUGCUGACCAAACAGAAACUGGUGGACUCUGAGGACGAGAAGAGAAGACUGGAGGAGGAAUCUGCGCAGCUGAAGGAGAUGUGCAGGCGAGAGCUUGAUAAGUCUGAAUCGGAAAUAAAGAAGAACGGCUCCAUUAUUGGAGAGUACAAACAGAUCUGCUCCCAGCUGAGUGAACGACUAGAGAAGCAACAGACAGCCAACCGAGGAGAACUGGAGAAAAUCCGGUCAAAAGUGGAAGGCUGUGAGAAGUGCAGUAGUCUUUUCAAUAAAGAAGGUCGCGUACGUGCUGCCGUGACCACAGCACCUGCUGGGGGCUCCGAGGAGAUGGAUGAGGAGAAGGAGGGUUUGAAGAAUCAGCUGAGAGAGAUGGAGCUGGAACUAGCCCAGACCAAACUGCAGCUGGUGGAGGCUGAGUGCAAAAUCCAGGACCUGGAGCACCACCUGGGUCUUGCACUCAAUGAAGUGCAGGCUGCCAAGAAGACGUGGUUCAACCGAACACUCAGCUCUAUCAAGACCGUCACUGGGACCCAGGGCAAGGAGACCACCUAACCUGAUAACCCUGUCAUCCAGUUUUACCCGGACCACGUCUGGAGCUCAGUGCUACAUCACGCUGAAACCUCUGAGCGCCUAACUUAACCCACCAGGCCAUAACUUGACACUGACCGUUAAUUCCCAGGAUGACCAUUACCACAGACUGUGCUACUUGUUCCUCUAAUCAAGAAUGUCCUCAUAUUUCCCUGUUCCCACAGCUCCUGAUCAAAUCACCCCCAUCCAUUUAUUCUCCUCUCCACCCCAGAUGACUCCAGCUAAGUGUGCUGAUGAGAAGUGGUUGACAAACACAAGAUGAAGUACAACGGUACCAGAGACACAAUGUGCUUCCACCAGUCACAGAAAGAAAAGCAUAAAAAAAAAAGAAGAAAGAAAUGCUUCAUUUAUUUCUGUCUUUGUACUGCUGAUCUUAAAGACCCGCAGAAGGAAGGUAGGACAUCUGAACUGUUGCUGUCCUGACGGGAUAGAAAAGAAAACACUCCGUCCUUCCUUACUGUUCUGCGUGCUCCCUUCUAAACUACUGGCACAGACCAACCAGUCCCUGUAAAACUUUUGUUUUAGGUACGAGAGCUAAUAGACGCCUUUUCAAACUGAGCUUUUUCUAAUUUACGUUGAACAAUACCUUUCUUUUUUAAUGUAUGUACAUGAAUGUGCUUAUGUAAUGAGCAUAUGUGUGUGUGUGUGUGUGUGUGUGUGUGUGUGUGUGUGUGUAUGAGAGAGAGAGAGAGAGAGUAUGCAUGUUUUUUUGUUUUGUGUUGACUGUGAGGUGUAGGUGUUUGUGAGCGUGAGACUAAAAAAAAAAUGUGUUUGGAUGCAAAAUAAUUGACUGAAAUAACGUUAAAAUGUGUGUAUAAAAGAAAGAGCAAGACAGUGUGUAGAAGUCCAAGGGAAAGAAAAAGCACUAAGGUUAUGAGUGUGUGCAUGCAUGUAAGGGGAAAAAAGUUUCCCCGGCUGUUGUUCCUUUAAUGUUCAAAUGUUUAUAUGAAUGAUGCUAAAGAAAAGUUUGCUGACAAAGCCUUGAUCUGAAGGUCGAUAAAGAUUAUACUAGUGGAUACAAAUAGAUAAUUCACGGCAAGGACAGAAGCAUAAAAGCUGCUGUGAUUACCAACAGCAACAUAACUUUGCUCACAUCAAAUUCUAGACAUAAAACAUGCUUGAGGUUUGUUUGGUUUGGGUGUCCCAGCACAAAGAAACUAAAAAAAGCUCCAAACCAGGCCAACCUUGUGUAUGUGUGUUAGAACACUGUUAAACCCUGAGCGGUGCAAUGCUUGUUACAAACCAUAAACAUCACUUAUGGGAAAUGUAAAGUCAAAAUGGAAACACACAUUAACCGAACGUUGUAAUUCCUUCUGCACUUGAACACACCUUUAAACCUCUCCUUCCUACUCUCUGGCACCAGCUGCUCUGACCUUUGCCCUUGACUGGCAGGGUCACGCAGGGUCAGGCCUUUUUACACUUCAGUCAGACCUUUGGGAUCUCUUUAACCACUACACACAAACACUGAAAUACACUGUUUCAUGUAAAGCUGCGUACAGAACCAGCACUCAGUGGCCACUUUAUUAGGGAUACCUGCUUGUUAAAGCCGUCAUAAAGUCUUCCAAACACGCAGACACGUUUAAGAGGUUUCCUCACAAAAACUCAGAGAGGACAAGAUGUUGGAUCUGGAUGAGGGUAUGAUUGUUGGUGCUAGAUGGAGGCUAGUUAUCUUUGUACUGGAUGGUGAGAAACAGGAGCAGUGCAGUCAGAUGCAAAGAAAAAAACAUGCCUCGUCUAUGAGAAAUGUCUAUGUUUAAAAAAUGUCUAUGUUUAAAACAAACUGGAAGGCCACAAAGUCAGAUAAGUUCUGCACUGCAUGCAAUACUUUUUGAAUGGUGACUUGUCUUUAAUAUCAAUUGUAGACAUUUAAGUCCAAGAAAAUUAGACAAUAGUAGGUGAUUGCCAAAACCACGUGACUGAUGAUUAGGAUAUGCUACAUGAUGGAAGCGAUCAUUCUGAGGGCCAGACUUGGUGUAAAAAGCUUGUAUACAGUGUUGACUCAAGGGUAGACUCUAUUGUAAUGGUGAGAAGAGUUUCUUGGCUUGCACAAUGGGGUUCCUUAAUGUCACAGUGUCCAAAAACAUGGUUACUGUCCAAGUGCAUCUUUUUUUGGCUGUGUGACAAAGCAUCACCUCUAGAUAGAUCCAGUAACAUGACAGGAACUUGUGUUUAUUCCAGCUGCCUGCACUCGACUCAGUAAGAGCACCUCUGGGAUGAGGCACAACGGGAUAACCACAGCACACGCAUCUUGCAGCACGAAAAAUCUGCAGGAAUUGAUCGACUAUAUCAAACCAGCAUGGGGCAAAAAUAUCUGUGAAACAUUUUCAACACCUUGAUGAAUUCAUGCCUCACAGAAUUCAAUGUGUUCAGGAGGCAAAAGCAGAUGUUACUCAGUACUGAGAGGAUUGAAAUAUUGAGGUGGCCACUGACUGUAUAUACCCCCCCACGCACACACACACACACACAAAGUUAACUGCCAGAAGUGAAACUCUGCACCUUAGGCGUGGAUCAGUAUCACAGGAGUGACACUUUCAGUCACAGGACUUCAGAGGGAAGUUGUCAGAGGUCAAACUGACAUGCACUCUAAAUCAGUCCAAAGGGGUUGGGGGAGGUUUAAACAUGCUUGUUUGUGUGUUUUCAUAUUUGGCUGACUAGAAAGAGGGUUCAACAAUAUUCUAAUCAAUUAAUUCUAAUACUAAACUGAAGGAAAAAAAAAAAACAAAGCUAUUAUUUCUGAAUGAACAGUCACUGUAAAUUGCAUCUAACUUGAAGGUGGAAUCUGAUUGGAAAUUCAGAAUUGAUAUCAGAGGAAAGUUUGAGAUGAAGUUAAAACAAUGGACCGUUCCUCGAAAGGCACUGGGUUGAAUAUAACAAAAAUUAAAAAGUUAAUAUUGAGUUUUUGGUUAUGAUUUUCUACUCUGUAACUAUAACUAAUGUUGCCUACUUGUACCUACCAACCUGCUGCCGUGCUACAGUUCAAUUCACAACAAUGUUUUAUGUCUUCAAUGUUUAUUUUGCUCCAAGCUUCUUAGUCAGACUGCUGUUUGGUUAAUUAAAUGCCAAAACGUAGCUUUAUCAUCCAACAACAAAAACAUUAUCAACGUGUGGAAAUUGUAAUAGUGUAGGAUGCAUUGUGUAUACUUCAUGAAUUUAAAUAUAAAGA